GUCUUCUUUCAAAAGGCCCGGAAGCUUCCUUUCAAAUGGCCCGGAAGCUUCCUUUCAAAUAGCCCGGAAGCCUCGUUUUAAGUGACCUGGACCGCUCCUUUCAAGAAGCUUAGAAGCUUUAUUUUAAGAGGUCGAAAGUCUUUAUGCAAAAAGCUGGAAAGACGAGAUGUUUAAAAGAAGAGAAGACGACAAGACAAGAAGAUUAGAAGGUAAAACGAGAAAAGGGUAAGACGACAAAAAGGGAUGACGAGAAGAAGAGAAGGCGAGGAAAUGUAAAGAUGAGAAAGCGAGAAGAAGAGAAGAUGAGAAGACGAGGAGACGAAAGACGAGAAGAUGAGAAGACGACAAGACGAGAGGACGACAAGAUUGAAGACGCAAGACGAGAAAACGAGAAACCAAUAAGACGAGAAGACGAGAGGACGAAAAGACCAAAAGAUUAGAAGACGGAGACAGAGAGACAGAGUAGAGAUAAAAAGACAGGAAGACGAAAAAACGAGGAGAGGAUAAGACGGAAAGACGAAAAGCCGAGAAAACAUGAAGACAUGAAGAGGAGAAGACGCUAAGAGGAGAAGAUGACAAAACGAGAAGACUCGAAACCGAGAGGACGACAAGACGAGAAGCCGUAAAGACGAGAAAACGAAAAUAUGAGAAAACCGGAAGACGAGAAGACGACAAAACAAGAAGUCAAGAAAGCGAAAAGACGAGAAUACAAAACGCGAAAACCAGGAUACGUGAGAAGGCGAUCAUAUAAGAAGAUGAGAAGACGAGAAGACGAGAAGACUAGACGACGAGAAGACGAAAAUUUGAGAAGACGAGAAAGCAAUAAUGCGAGGAGACAAAAAAGCGACGAGAAAACGAAAAGACGAGAAGACGAUAAGACGAGAAAACAAGAAGACGAGAAAAGGAGAAGACGGGAAGACACGAAGGAAAGAAAACGAGAAUACGAGAAGAGAAGUUGAGAAGAUGAUAAUAUUGGAAGAGUAAAAGACAUAAAGACGAUACGAAUGGAGAUAGAACGAGAAGACGAAAAGACGAGAAGGCAAAAAAUAUAAGAAGACAAGAAGAUGAGAAAACGACAAGACGAGGAAACGAGAAGACGAGAAGAUAAAAACACGAGAAGACUGGAAGAAGAGAAGACGAGAAAUAAACACGAGAAGGUGAGAGAAUGAGAAGACAAGAAGUAAAGUAUGCAAAAAUACCAGUACUGUGACUGUUGUGGUUUUCAUGUCUUGAUUGCCAUUGCCAUCAUAGGAAUGUUUUGUGGGAACGAACUUGUAAAUCACUGAAAGAAUUUCCAAUAAUAAUAAAUCCUUCGAUUCGGGAUGGACUAAAAAAAAGUAACAUUCC